AUGUCUUCUUGGUCACAUCUUGUACGCUUUGUCGCGGUCGAGGACAGCCACAUCCACCUCGGCCAAUUAGUUGACACAAAGCGCGAUGUGGGAAAAGACAGCGUCAAUGGCGUCGGCAUCCUCGUCUACCUAAUCGAGGGAAGUAUCUUUGACGGAUGUGUCACGGAUAAGAUCAUGCAUGUGAAAAAGAUCCUAUCCCCAGUCGACCCCGCGCAAUGCAACUACAUCCGCUGCCUAGGCCUCAACUACACCGACCAUGCUAAUGAGGCAAACCUGUCCCUCCCCAAAGUCCCAAUCUUGUUCACCAAGCCGCGCUCUGCACUGGCCGAUCCUUACCCGGCUACGAUUAAUAUUCCGAAAUGUGCGCAGGAUGACACGAGUGACUAUGAAUCCGAAUUAUGUGUCGUCAUUGGUAAGACGGGACGAGAUAUCCCAGAGGCUGAAGCAUUGGAUUACGUCCUGGGUUAUACAGCUUCCAAUGAUGUGUCCGCGAGAGCCUUGCAAAUGGCCUCUGCACAGUGGAGUUUUUCCAAGGGGUUAGAUGGGAGCUGUCCUAUUGGCCCCGUCCUUGUCUCACCAUCCGUGAUCACCGAUCCGCAGACUCUUCGGAUCCGAGGUAUCCAUAAUGGAAGCGUUGUCCAGGAUGGUCACACCAAGGAUAUGAUCUUUUCUAUCAAGAAGCAGAUUUCAUAUCUAUCUCAGGGAACUACCUUGGAAGCGGGUACGAUUCUCCUAACAGGGACCCCAGCGGGAAUCGGUUAUUUUAGAAAUCCAAGGCUUGUCUUGAGAGAUGGGGAUGAGUUUUUGGUUGAGAUUGAGGGGAUUGGGAGCUUGGUCAAUAAGGUUAGACAUGAGUGA